AUGCAUGAAGACAAAUGGUUAUGUGAAAGGGCGAUUCUUGCACCAAAAAGUGAGAGCGUUAACAAAAUAAAUUCAGAUAUAUUAAGCGAAGUAGCAGGAGAAAUAACAGAGUAUUUGUCAGUAGACACAGUUAUGGACACAGAACAGAGCACUUCAUAUCCCGUAGAGUUUCUAAAUUCUCUAGAGUUGUCAGGUGUGCCCUCACAUAAGCUUCAAUUAAAAUUAGGCGUCCCAGUCAUGCUAAUGCGAAAUUUAGAUGCUCCUCGGACCGGCAACGAAGCAGUAUCAAAGAAGCGAGAAAGCUGUGUACCUUGGCGUACCGCAUCUGAUAAUAUGAAAGAUAAACCGCAUGAGAAGCUUGGCGACUGCGGUAACUCUUUUCUGCAAUAG